GUAACUAUACGAUUCCCCGCAAGAAGCAAUCGGUAUUCGUAUAGCUUCCUGUCACUUUUCUAACCUAUCCACAUCACUCGUGUUUCACGGAUGUCCCGGUGUUUUUGGUGCAGUGAUUGGUGCAAUAAUCGAUUACCGGUGAUUUAGUCGCACGAGAAACAAUAAUAUGAUGUCGCGGUCAGUGCGCGCAGAGACCCGUAGUCGUGCCAAGGAUGACAUUAAACGCGUGAUGCAAGUAGUUGAUAAAGUUCGUCACUGGGAAAAAAAAUGGGUUACUAUAGGAGAGACAACUAUGAAAAUAUAUAAAUGGGUUCCAAUUUCGACUCUUGAUCAGAAGAAAAAAAGUAAAACCGGUUCCGAUAAGGAGAAUGGUUUACCAAGAAAAGGAGGAAUAGAUUCAUCAAAUUCUAAUUUCGGACUCACAGAAGAUUCCAAUACAUGUUUUUCCACUGUUAGCGAUUCCCAAGGACUGACAGAUUUUUCUGCACAUUUGGGUUUCUCGGAGGACUCCAAUUCACAAAAUAGCGAAUCUGCACCUAAGAGGUUAAAGACUGACUAAUGUUUGAUCUAUAAUCAUCAUCAUCACCAUUGUCAUAUAAAGUUUGACAUAUUUAGGAAUCACUCUUUUGUAAAUUUGCACUCGAUAAUUUUGAGUUAAAUCAUACCUCUUGACAUGGAUGAAUUGCAAGAUAAGUUUUUGUUUCAUCCAAAUUUAGUAUGAAAAAUAUUCUAGAUAAUAUAUAUAUAUAUAUACGUAUAUAAUUAUAUAAAUAAUAUUAAUCUUAUAGAACAUUCUGAAUUAUGUAUAAUGAAGUUUAUUUUUUUACAUAUGAAUUUAUUACAAAUUUUCCCAUUGAAUUUAGGAAUUAUAAAUAAUGAUUCUUUAAUUGGAUAGAUAAAAACUGGGAAAUGCUCAAUCUAUUUAUCAAAAAUUCGGGUUUUUAUAUCAUUUUUCCAAAAAAUUGCAAGAUUACAAAAAUAAUCUUCAAAGUCAGAAAAAAAAUUAAUAGCGUAUUGUAUAUUUGCAGCAAUUGCAACAUUUGUAGCGAUGUUAAAGUAUUAUAUAUUUUCUUUUGUUUUUUUUUUAAAUUUCUAUUUUUCUGGCUAUAAUGAUAUAUUGCUGUACCAGAGAGUAUUUAACAAAAAGAUACUCGUAUGUUGUGUUAGAAUUAUUUUUACUAUAAAUUAACUGCUGAUGUAAAAACACAUAAGUACAUGUAUAUUUUAUGUCUAAACACAUUUAUGCUUUUGAAAAAUUGUGAAAAGUCAUUGUACAUAUACCAAAUAUCACUUUUUCUUUGUCUAUUAAUACUAUAGAAGAAUUUGCAUUCCUUUGCCUUAUAGCACCGUGACAUGUACAAAAUAAGCUUGGACUCAUACAAAUAAAAUAGUUGAAUGACCUUUUGA